GAUCCAUCUCACUCACCUCGGUAGUCUGGAUUAUGCUGUUUUUCACGUGCAAGUGGUACAGAAAACGAAGCUUGUACAGAAAGACAAUCAGGGGCGCCAGAGAUGAAGUACCUCUAUCAGAGCUUUCAUCAGGAGAUGACCAUAGAAAUGAUAGAAGUGAGUCAGAAAAUGCCUUGCGACAAAGUCGGUUACCAAGACAAUAUGAAAAUGUACUCUAUAAUAGGUACUCAGAUAACUACAAUCACAUAUGUUUCCGUAACAGAUCGAGUGUUCCUUUGAGAAAUGUUUUGGAUAGUAACUACGGUAAGAUAAAGUUUGAUGUAUCGCAUACGUAUGAAAAAGAAUCACAUUCAGGGGAAAGUAGCAAUGGUUGCAUUGAUGUCAGUGAAAAGUUUUAUUCCGGGGAAUUAGAUAUUACUCAAAGAAACAAAUGUACCGUAGAUAAAAAAACACACAGUUCCCGUGAACAUCAAAGAGAUACUAUAUGUACACAGAAAAAACCUGUUUCUGAUUUGCAACUGUGCAGUAUGAAUGACUUUUAUUUUAAUACCGGGAAUAGUCAAAAGGGGAAAAGUGUUUCACUUAAUUUCGAAGAGGUUGACGAGGUAUAUGGAUUCAGCAGAAAAGAUGUGCAGAGCUUAAUUGGAUUUACUUGUGAAAAAUCAAAAUUAUACCGAAAUAAUAGUGUUUGUUGA